GUGGCGGCGAGCGGCGUCAGAGCUAGAAGGGGGGGCUGACGGCUUCUGGCGGGUGGCGGUGUUGGAGGCGAGAGCUUGCUUAGCCCGUAACGCUUCUGUCCCAAGACCCGACGGAGAGCGAGGGAACGAGGGUUGCUUUCGGGGGCUGCUGCCUUCUACUUACGCAUCGUCGUGAGGAGCGCAGCCCGGACUCUCCUACAAGCCCUCCGGCUCCCUUUCCACACGCCUUGAGGCGGCGGCGGCGGCGGCAACUGAGACAGCGUCUCACCUUCCCCCACCCCUUCCCCGUCCCCCCCGCCCGAAAGGGCCCGGUCUGCGCCCCACCCCCGCCCGCUCGCUACGCCGCCGCCAUGUCGGCGCAGGCCCAGAUGCGCGCAAUGCUGGACCAGUUGAUGGGCACCUCCCGGGACGCCUUCACAGUUGUUGAUCACAUAGCAUGGUCAUCCACUCACAGCUUAAAAAAAUACAGGGAGCAUCGGAGAGAAUGGGUUCAAUGUAUCUAUGCCUGCCUACUUCAAUCUGCAAGGGAGUGUCAGAAAGGCCCCGCAUUCGCCGAGCCCAGCAAAAGGGAGACACUUCAGCUGGAACAAAAUAGUGGAAGAAAUGGCGUCUGGGGUUCAGUGGGGAUUCGCAGAGAUACUACUCGUCAACGAAUCAAAUUCAGUGAUGACAGAGUAUGCAAGAGUCACCUUCUCAACUGUUGCCCCCAUGAUGUCCUCUCUGGAACUAGAAUGGAUCUUGGAGAAUGUCUGAAAGUUCAUGACCUGGCUUUAAGAGCAGAUUAUGAAAUUGCAUCCAAAGAACAAGAUUUUUUCUUUGAACUUGAUGCUAUGGAUCAUCUUCAGUCAUUCAUUGCAGAUUGUGAUCGAAGAACAGAAGUGGCUAAGAAAAGAUUAGCAGAAACUCAAGAAGAGAUUAGUGCUGAAGUGGCAGCAAAGGCAGAACGUGUUCACGAGUUAAAUGAAGAAAUUGGUAAGUUGUUGGCCAAGGUGGAACAACUAGGAGCUGAAGGAAAUGUGGAAGAAUCCCAGAAAGUAAUGGAUGAAGUAGAGAAAGCACGGGCAAAGAAAAGAGAAGCAGAGGAAGUUUAUCGGAAUUCUAUGCCAGCUUCCAGUUUCCAACAACAGAAACUUCGAGUCUGUGAAGUCUGCUCUGCCUAUUUAGGUCUUCAUGAUAAUGAUAGACGACUGGCUGAUCAUUUUGGGGGUAAACUGCACCUGGGAUUUAUUGAAAUAAGAGAGAAGCUUGAAGAAUUAAAGAGAGUUGUAGCUGAGAAACAGGAGAAAAGAAAUCAGGAACGCCUGAAACGAAGAGAAGAAAGGGAGAGAGAAGAAAGAGAGAAGCUGAGGAGGUCUCGAUCACAUAGCAAGAAUCCCAAAAGGUCCAGGUCCAGAGAGCAUCGCAGACAUCGCUCUCGCUCUAUGUCACGGGAACGGAAGAGGAGAACUCGAUCCAAAUCACGGGAGAAACGCCAUCGCCACCGAUCCCGCUCGAGUAGCCGCAGCCGCAGCCGCAGCCAUCAGCGCAGCGGGCACAGCUCGAGAGACAGGAGCAGAGAGCGAUCCCGGAGGAGAUCCUCAAAAGAAAGAUUCAGAGACCAAGACUUAGCAUCACGUGACAGAGACAGGAAUUCAAGAGACAGAUCACCUCGUGACAGAGAUCGAAAAGAUAAGAAGCGGUCCUAUGAGAGCGCUAAUGGCAGAUCAGAAGACAGGAGGAGCUCUGAAGAGCGCGAAGCAGGGGAGAUAUAAUUAGCUGUGUACAUAUCCUCAAUCCUUAAGCUUCCUAUGGAGUUACAUACUAUUGUUUAGUUUACAGCUGUUGGGGGUAACAGUGAGCAGUUCCAUACUCCGAUCCAGAUAGGCUAGAUGCACAGUAUCUAACUUGAUCUGAACUGAACUUGUUUCCCUGAUGAAGCCUAAAAUUACAUCCAUAGUUUCUGGUGAACCUGUAAUGCGAUUCUGAAAGUACAGUUUUAUAUAAUAAGAUGCCGAUAUCUUUAUUCUUUCUAGUAGGAGUGAUAGUGAACGAAUUGUGUUGCUUGCCUUGGGAUUUUUUGAACAUUUGUAAAAUGCUGUCUUCCUUUCUAGUCCACAAACAGCUUCAGAAUUUUUCUUUUUAAUUCUUCUUCCUCUGACUUUUGUAUCCCCUAAUACCUCCACCCUCUAAUUAUAAGAGAAAGGGGGAGCAGGGAAGCAAUAUAACUUCUGUUCUAAGGUUCUGUUCCCAUUUAUUACUAGCUGAUUACAGAGCAUUUAUACUGGAAAGUGUAUUAAAUACUGAGAGUUUUUGUUUUGUUUUAUGGUGCCUAUUUAGAGUUGGAAGUUGAACAGCUGUUGCAUUACAUACUUUGCUUUUUUUAUUGAAAUUUUGAAAUCAAACAGGUCUUGAUUUUUCUGUUCUAUUGAAUUGCUAUGUUCAGGAUGUUUUGGAAAGGGGGGUGGGGGCAGGGACUCUUUCAUAAGCACUUGUUUUAUUUUGUGUGUGUGUGUGGAGUAUAAAGGCUACAACCUUAUUGUAAAAAUUAAUAAAAUGAAACAAUCACCACCACCAUCCUUAAACUGUAACUUGUCUAGUAAAUUGUCACUAGAACUAUUUGGUGUGGGCCAUUUCUUCUGUUACAUCUUUAUUAGUGCCUUACUGUGCAAGGCACCAAAGGAAAUAAAUAUAUACUUGCCAAGAUGAACUGUUGCUCCACCUGGGCCCCUUGCUGACUGUAUUCCAGCUCCUUCAGGGCUGUUUGUAACAAUUGCUAUGGAGAAUGACCAGACCUGGAAAAGAUACUGGAUUUUUCUGUUUUUUUCAUUCAGCAAACUAAAAUAAAAACAUCGUAUACUCAACAUAACGAGAAUAACAGUUUCUCCACUGAAGAGCUAUGUACCUAUUAGUGAUUUUAAACAGUAGUUGGGGGGUAGCCCUUGUGAUUCUAGAAAAUCUGGAAACAAAAAUACUUGAGCCAAGUUAGGGUCUGUGUGAUCACCUUCUAACAGUUGUCUUUGGUCCCCCAGUUGUCUUUGGUCAAUAUUAAAUUGGCAAAUUUAAUAUGACUGAGAUACAUGGGCCACAGAAAGAGAAAUUCUAAGUCACAAAUUUACAUCUAAAAGGGACACUCACCCAGUUUACUAAGCUGUGUGUCAUUAACUGAAGGUUUCCUUCCAUAUUUGGUUGCACACACUCCAGUGGAUGCAUAAUUCAGUCUGAGACCCAUCUCCCCAGUAGCCCAUUUUCUUUUACUCUUGGUUUCUGAGAAAUUUUUUUUUUUUUAAAUCUCCUUUGGAUUUAGUACCUUGGGGUGUGGAGUAAGAUCAAACAGGUUAAGCUGGUAGAUACAAAACGACUGUGACCAAACUCCAAAACAUUGGAAAAUGUUUUAGCAUCGUUUAAGUGAAGUUUACUAUCUCUCUGCCUAAUUGUAUAAAUGCUUAUUAGCUGUUAAGGCAGUUCUAAUUUGUAGGGCACUACAGGCUCCACGACUUAACAGGUCAGCAGGAGCCAGUGAAGGACGUCAUCAUCUCGGGCUGGGCUCCCACGUUAGAGCACUUGAGCUGCCUGGCUCUCUAACCAUCUCAUUUAAAAAAUCCUUUCAGAAUAAUUCUGUUGCUUAGGUACUUCUAAUAUUUGGACUUCGGGAUAAACGGUCUACAUUUUAAAUCAUCACCCUUAAGCCAGGCAGCUAGUCUGAAUUAGAAUAACCCUAAAAUCUCAUCUGUAAGAAGGUGGAAGAGGGGCCAGUACCAUAUCCUCCAUACUGAGAGGGAUCUUAACACCAAAGAUGAUCCAGGGCAUUGUACAGCUGUCUUCUACCCCUAUUUUCUAAGCCGUAUUUUCUGCAGCUAUCUGGACCUUAAUCCCCGUAUCUUUUGGAGCAAGGAGCAUGAUGGUGAGGUUACAGUUAUCUAUAAAGUGCCACCACCUGGUAUGGAGGGAAAGGUGGCAGCAGAGGACCCUAGGCUUGCCUCAUCCCACAAACACAACUAUCCAUUCAUCCUAAAUACGCCAGAAAUCAACCUCAAGACUGGCAGACCAAACUCCACAAGUAAAACCGAAGGUAGGAAGUAUAGAGAUGGAGUUUGGGGAGAAAUGGGUCCUGGCUGCUGCAGAGAGGAGGGAGCCCUGGUUAUGGAGAAGGUAGAGAGAGGAACACAUGGGGGAACACAAAAGGAGAACGUUUCCUCAUAACCAUUGGUUUGGAAAGUGAGAGGAGCUGAAAGUGGGACUUAAAGCCAGAUGUUUGUUAGCAGGCUGGGCUCCUGGAGAGUCCAGUCCGGAGGCUUCACAACUGCUCUUGGAAAGAAGGCAGGCAAACAACCUAGGGACAGACAGUGUGGAAAUAGUGAUCUGAAGAGUGCCGGCAGAACCCACGGGUGGGGGUGGGGGCGGUGUGGAGAUUAUUUUAUCUUCUCGGAGUGUGACCAAAGGCAGCAUUCACAGAGAUACAGCUCCAAGAACAAAGAAGCUGGGCUGCCCUUGCCUGCCCUUGCCCUCCCACACGCCUCAGUAUAAACACAGAGCCACCUGCAGGAACCGGCUGCCUAACUGGCUUACAGUAAGCCUCACACCCCUGUGCUUCCGCAGAACUGCCCUUCUCAGUCAAGCCUGCUUUAGUCCCAAGUGUGGCGAGCCCCCUCAUCCAGAAGACUGGCACAAACCCCUGCCCAUACCAUGUUUCCCGACCAGAGCCUCAUUUCCAGUGAAGGUGAUGACAAGUUUCAUCUCACAAGCAGAUCAAAGCCCACCUAACUAAAACUCACCAGCUAAAACAUUCAGGCCAGGGACCACACACUGACCAUGGCAGGCAAGGGGAGCUUCUGGACAUAAACGGCCUGAAGGAUAGAGGAGCCAGAAUACAACAGCAGAAAACACGCACCACACACGGAGACACUCCCUGAAGCACCAGGCCCUGGGCACUACAUGACCUCUUCAGAAGGCCAUUACUUUAAGGAGCAGGAGACUUAACUGGCUAACCCACAGAAGCAGGCAGAGAUUUAGACAAAGUGAGAAGGCAGAUGAAUUUAUCCCAAAUUAACAAGAUAAGGCCAUGACCAGAGACCUAAGUGAAACAGAAGUAACAUGUCUGAGGAGAAUUUAAAGCAAUGAUCCUAAGGAUACUUGUGGAGCCUGAGGAAAGAAUGGAAGACAUCAGUGAGACCAUUACUACAGAGAUAGGAGUUAAAAAAAAAAAAAAAAAGUGCAA